GACUUUUUGGCGGGAACGCGAGAAGUGAAGUUGUGUGAUUUAUUUAUUUUGUCUAUUUAGUGUUUCUUAAGGUUUAAAUGCGUAAUAGCGGUGGUUUAUUAACUAUUUAGUAUCUGAUAAGUGCACAUAUGUGGAAAAAUAAAAUAAAGCUGCUGGACGUAACUUCUCGGGAUCUUACAAAAAGUCCACUGAAAAAGUAUCAGUAAAUCACCACCAUUUUACUGAGAUUAUAUUUCAUCCCAUAUCAUCUCAUCUCACUACAUUUAAUUUCAUCCCAGUUGAUUAAUGUCUCAAAUUAAUCAUCUUCAUUUCAUUUCACUCCAUGUUAUAAUUUUUCAUAAAAGAAUAUAAAUUAAAAUAAGACAUGACCUAAAGGUCUUCGUUACCACGUCAUAAAAUCCCUUAAAAAAGAUGAUUUCCAAUAAUUUCCAUGUUUAGGGAUAAGUGUCUGAAUGAGAGUAAUUUUUGUAAUUAAAAAUGGGUCGUAAAAUACCUGCCAAAAAACAUCGAGGAGUGAAAGAUCCCUUAGUGCAACAGGCCCGGCGGGAACAAAGCUUAAAAUCUAAAAUUAACGCACCACCGAAAGAUCCUGAUGACCAGCCCGUGCCACGAUCUCUAACUAGGCUUUUUUCUUUUCAAGAAAACCGUGAAGUUGGAAAACGAAACAAGAAAAAUAAAGUCAAGAGACUCGAUCAAAAUGCAGAACACAGGAGUAGAAACAAAAGUUCAGUUGGACGCAACCCCAUAACAUGUAUGAAGAAGUUACCAGGAGAGAGUGGACGGGACUUCUCACUGAGGAUCAACAGUGCAUUGAAAGCUUUACACAACCCAGUUGAAAAUCUAGACUAUCCUGAAGACAUAGAUACAGAAGAUACAAAAGGGGAGAGGAUGGCGGCACAGAGGGAACGCAGGGCACGUAAACGUAAAAAGGCAAAGAAAGGGCAAGAAGACUCGGAACCACAACUAAACCGGAACCAAAGGCUAGCACAGAAGAAAAAAGAAAAAAAGAUGAAAGCAUUAGAUGCGGCGAGCGAGAAGUGCGAGGUGGUGUACGAGCACGUGCCGUUCGGCGAGCUCGCCCACGCGCCGCCCGCGCUGCGCCGCCACGGGAGGCUCGGCCCCGCACCCAAUGCGGGCGGGCGCGCGCUGCUGCUGAGCGGGCUGCUGGCGGGCGCUGCGCGGCGCGAGGCCGUGGCCGCCUACAGGACGCUGAAGGCCUCCAGGCCCAGGGACAAUAAACUAGUGCUCUGAUGAUGUUCUUGUUAUUUAUUUCCGUAACGUUUCCGGUCGGAAUCGGUCCACUCGCGCGCCCGUUGUGGUCUGUUCAUGACGCUAAUGAGUAAAACGCCCCGGAUAAUAAAAAAAUCUUAGUUUUUCCCUCUACUUUUCGACCUGCCUGUUUUAGCAUUAAGAAAACACCUUAUUUACUAUUAACCUUACUUACUAUUUUACUACAUUACUAACCUUACAUACUACACCUUACUUACUAUUACUUACUAUUAACUAACUAUUUAAAUUAAGUAAAUAUUAGUUAAAAUAUAAUUAGUAUUCAAUAGUAGUUAAAGUAUUAAACUGAUUACAAGUUA